AUGUACACUUUUGAGAGGAACCUUGUGAACAAUGGGGCUACUCAGAAGAGAGGCGUCCUAGAAGUAGGCAACUUAGAUGCUAUCUUGGCUCAAAACAAGCUUAUGUCCCAGCAGAUCAACAUGAUCACUAAGAACUUGAGUGAGACGCAGAGAUCUGAGGCUUACUAUCUAGAGACAGCCUAUGAGUUAGACGUAGGUGAUAACACCUGGACCACCAUGGAGGAGGUUGGUCAACCGAGUAAGAGGAUCCCAGAAAUCCCUUUCAACACUCUUCCAAGCAACGCAAAGGUGAAUCCAAAGGAAGAGAGCAAGGCCCUCACUAUAGAGGUUGUGACCCAACCUAAGGAGAAGCCUGCUAUUAAGGAGCUCAAGGAAAUCAGAGCUCAUGAGGAGACUGAUAAUGUCACCUUGCACACCCCUGUGCUGAGAGAGGAACCUGAAGAAUACUCUUCUCCAGAAGAGGAUGAGGAGUCCAAGGAAGAGCAAAUUGCUUGGUACUUGAAAAUCCUCAGAAAGCUGAAAGCUAACUCUUCUCAUACAGAGGCGUUGGAGGAGGAAGAUGAGCCUGUGAUACUAGCCAAGGAGUGCAGUGCCUUGGCACUAUGUGACCUUGGCUCAAGCAUCAACCUCAUGCCUCUCUCUGUAACGAAGAGGCUAGGAAUUCUAGAGGUGCAGCGUGUCGAGAUCUCAUUGGAGAUGGCAGACAAGUCCUUGAAAAAGGCAUAUGGCAUGGUGGAAAAUGUCCUAGUGAAGGUUGAAGACUUUUACAUCCCUAAUGAUUUCGUAAUCCUAGACAAUAGGGAGGAUAGAGAUGAAUCCAUUAUCCUUGAAAGGCCUUUCCUAGCCACUGCUAAGGCCAUUAUUGAUGUGGAAAUAUGA